GUGAUUGUCAUCAACCUGCACUAGCCAAUUCGAGUCUUCUAGGUGGACGAAAUUGCGGACUUCCAUGAUCACGUGAUGUGCGGAAGUCCGCCAUUCAUCUGACGUGAUGGCUCGAUUGCUCAUUGUAACUACAAAGUCACUUUGGCAAGUCAUCAUCUUGUCCCAUCUUCCAAUAUAUUGGAAUGCCUGCCGAUAGACUACGGUCGAACAACGCUCAGGGAAGACAAAAAUCGUGCUCGGAAUGCGCAAAAUCCAAGCGUCGCUGUAAUCAAAGUCAACCGUGUUGUACACGAUGUAGGAAGCAAGAUCUUCGUUGCGUAUAUCCUCAAAUGCCCUCUCAACUCGUAGAUUCCACGAUACGAGAUGAGAGCACUGAGCCAGAAUUGAUACCUGAUGAUGAGCUUUUCCCUGUCGCUAUGCUGAAUGAACCUGGAGUUGGUGCACUCGAUUUCGACUUCCCUUCAGCCAAUCAAUCAGUCGAUACACUGAAUGACUUACUUGGUGGAGAUGUCGAGGCAAUGGAACUCACCCCAAUGCCAACAAGUCCCAACUAUCGCGUGGGCAAACAGUUUACCGCAGCGCAGGUGUCGUCUCAGGCUCGGUCUCGUGUCGAGUACUCGAUGCAACAGCUCAAGCUCGCCCCGGCAAUGAUGGUGAAGGAAAACUGUACUCACUGGUGCCACCCCCAGCUUUACGCAGACGAUAUGCCUCGAUGCGUUCAGGACGCUCAGGCCGCCUGUGCGCUCUACAUAUCGCGCAAUGAGAUCAACGCUACAGUUGUUGCCCGCCAUGUAACCGAACGCACGAAAGAACUACUCGAUACUCCCAUCACCCAUUCACCGACCCAAUUGCUCGCAAGAACACAUGCGCUCCUUCUGUACCAGAUAAUACACUUUUUCAAUGACGACAUACGCUACCAUGCCUACAUCGAUGUGACCACCAAAGCUCUGGAAGAGGCUGGGUAUGCUCUCCAUUCGAUGAUCCAGUCGUACGAAGAUCCAAGCGGACCCAUACAGCUCUAUCCAAGCGCAGCAGCGCGAACAGCAUGGAAGAACUACAUCAUCAGAGAAUCAAGCCGGAGAACACUACUGAUCGCUUUACAUUUCGUUGCCUUGUGUAAACUAUUCCGCGGCUGGCUGUCUGCGUGUAGAGACGAUCUUGUGCUGGGUAAUCGUGUUACCUACUCUGCUCAUCUCUGGAAAGUCGACAAUGCGUUAGAUUUCGCAUUGGCAUGGAACGAGAAGAAUCAUUUCCUCGUUAAGGAAUUGGACUUCGACAAUCUUCUGGAGAAUGCUAAACCGGACGAUGUUGAUGUCUUUGGAAAGAUGCUGCUGACGGGUGUGCUGGGCAUCGACGAUGUCAAAGCAUGGCUCUAUACACGGGGAGGUAAACUCUGAGUCUAGUUUACGAAAUUGGGGUUUCAGGGGAAAUGGAAGAACACAUGACGUCGUGUCUGUUCAUUAUCAUAUAAUCUGAAACGCUAAUGGUAUAUAUGCGGCAAAUUUCCACCUCCUUACACAAAGGGCAUAACCCUUACAACAAUACAGCCAGACCGACAAGACCAGCGAUCAGACUUCCUCCAACCAUUGGACGGACGUUGGCGGCGGCACCGGGAGAGCUGCUCGAGCUGGGAGGUGCUGUAGAGGUUCCAUUUGCGUUUACGUUUUGGAUGGAAACGCCAGCGACGCCGGUUGAGUUCGAGCACUCGUCGUCAGCGAGGAGGGCGGCGGUAGCGUUGAAUGUGAUAUCCGCGCACUAUUCAAUAUCCAUUAGUACCGUCGA